AUGGACAGUAUCUCUCAGGUUAUUCGUGACUGUGAGACGUGCGUUGCCAUUAAGCAGGCUAAACGGCUGAAGCCCCUCUGGUACGGUGGGCGGUGGUCUAAGUACAAAUACGGGGAGGCCUGGCAGAUUGAUUACAUCACGCUGCCUCAAACCCGCCAAGCCCGGGGCGGCUCGGCGAGCAGCAGCGUCCCCGGGCAGAAGAGCGGCAGCGCGGUGCCGCCCGCAUGGGUGGAGAAGCCUCUCCUGGAGCAGCUGUACCGGGAGGGCCCGCUGCUGGGCAGCGGCGGCUGCGGCAGCGUUUACUCCGGGACCCGGCUCGCCGACGGCGCCCCGCUAAGAGACGGGGCGGCCAUCAAGCGAGUGUCCCGGGAGCGCAUCUCGGAGCGGGCGCUGCUGGGGGGCGCCCUUGUGCCCCUGGAGCUGGCGCUGCUGUGGAAGGUGUCGCGGCCUGGCUUCCGCGGCGUCGUGCGGCUCCUGGACUGGUUCGAGGUGCCCGACGGCUUCGCGCUGCUCAUGGAGCGUCCGCAGCGCUGUCAGGACCUCUGGUACUUCCUGCACGAGCGGCGGUUCCUGACGGCGCCCGUGGCGCGGGGGCUGUUCCGCCAGGUGCUGGAGGCCGUGCGGCGCUGCAGCAGCCGCGGCGUCCCGCACCGCCACAUCAAGGCCGAGAACGUCCUCGUCGACCUGGCCACGGGCGAGGCAAAGCUCAUCGACUUCGGCUGCGGCACCAUCCUCCAGGGCACGUUCUACACCCGGAUGUCAGGUGAGCCCAAAGCCGGGGCCCAGCCGGGCAGCGGAGGUUCCCCCCUUGGCUGGCAGAGGGGGAAGAGGGAGGGAAGGAAGGAGGGGGAAUCCUUCUUCAGCCAGCUGCAGCCAAGUUGCUUUUGGGCAGGGCAGGGGCUGGCUGUUGUGCAACGGGAGCUGGCUGGGAGGGAGGGAGCAGCAUGGGCCUGAUGAGCUGCGCCUGUGUCCCAUAGGAACGCCGGAGUACAGCCCACCGGAGUGGAUCCUCUUUGGCUGCUGCCAUGGCCAGCCAGCCACCCUCUGGUCCCUGGGCAUCUUCCUUUCCACACCAAUGAGGACAUCGUCCGGGGCCAGCUCUUCUUCCCGCCCCAGGUGUCUCAAGGUGGGGAUGCGCCUUCAAGGCCCGAGGGGAAGAACGGGGUUGGGAGGGGCAGCUGGCACAUGAGCAUCCUGCUCUUGCAGCUGGUGAGGAGGUGGAUCUCCUGGGCUUAGCUGGAGGAGGUGGCACCUGUGCCUCUGUGCUGGUGUCCUCCGCAAGAGAGGAUCGAUAGGGAAGCUUUUGGGUGCAGCUCUGAGCACUCCUGGUGUGGCCUGGGCACUGUGGAAUGUGGGAGAGCAUGGACAGGAGCCUUGUCCCGCUGAGCGGCGGUUUCUGGUUUCUCUCCACAAAGUGCCAGCGCCUCAUCAGGUGGUGUUUAUGCAUGGACCCCACAGCCAGGCCAUGCCUGGAGGAGCUUUUUGAGCAUUCUUGGCUGCAGGAGCCCUGCCUGGCCCAGGAGACAGCAGAGAUGCAUCCCUGUGCACAGUAGGAUCCAGGAGCCCAGCAAGGAGCAGCAGCACGCGUCUCGUGGCGCUGGAAGAAAACCCCGGAGCGUUUCCCUGCGGCCGCGGGGCGGAGGAGAGAGCGCAGCCGAGGAGAUGCUUCCGCUGGUCCCCGCCAGCUGUGGAGGGAGCGGCUCCGUGCUGCCCGUCCCAUUGGAGAAGUGGUGGCAGCGCGGUGAAGGUGCCACGGACUGGGCCAGGGGAAACAUCCCCCUGCAGCUCAAUGGCAUCGUGAUGUCCCCGCAAGCCGAGGCACAGCUGGCGUGUUCUUCUGGAGCACGACGUGGAGCUGGGAACACCAUCCUGGAGCUGGCGGCUGGCGGGGCAGAGCCCAUUGGCUUUGGCUGCGGCCCCUGCCUGGGGGACACGCUCUGCGCCCCGAUGGAAUCAAGAUGAGUCCCCAGCCGGCGCAGGGGCGGGGGAUGCUGGUGCUUCCAGGCACGGCAGGGCUCGGCCUGGCCACGCGCCGGAGGUUCCCCGCUCGGCGGCGCUGGGCAAUAUUAAUUUUUCCGCUGGCCGCCGAGCUGCUUUUUGGCGGGACAGGGGACGGAUGUUGUGGAAGGGGAGCCGGCUCCUGGCCUUGCUGACAGCUUCUGCCAGCCAGCCUGGCACGGGCUGAGGCGGGGGCAGCCAGCCUGACAAAAGCAUCCAUCCAUGUGGAUGGGGGGCGGCACAGGGGGACGGGUUCCGAAGCCGUGCCCCAGCUGCUCUGCUCUGCAGGCCCUUGAGGAAGGGGUGCGUUUAUGGGCGGGAAAGGUGGGGAUUUUCCCCACCCGUGGACAGGUUUAAUUCUCACAUGGAGUGGUCAGACCCUCCUCAGGCCCGUGAAACAGUGACAGGCUUUGUGCUUUUUCUUGUUUCCAGGUCUCGUUUUGAAUUGACUUUCAUGCAAUUGUUCUUUGUUUUUCCCAGGAGGAUUACACCUGGUGCCCGGGCCGGACAGGGAAGCGCCUGCAGCGUCCGUGGAGCGCGUCCAGUGCCAGCGCUACCCCAGGGGCCACGGUCUGCGGGGACAGCCCCUUCCAGAAGGACGAGGGCCUGGUGCGGGAUGGGCUCCUCUCCUGGCAGCAGCUCUCCAGAGGCUGCCAGCACCUCAUGCCAUGGGAACGGCACCGCUCGGCCUGCCAGGCUGGGAGGGCUGGAGGGCGGCCGGUGUUCAUUUGCUGUCAAAAUAAAUUUUGGUUU